AUGUCUUAUCAUUAUUUGUUUAAGUUUAUCAUCAUUGGAGAUACAGGUAUAGUCAUAUGAUAAAAAUGAAGCUGUUGGAAAAUCAUGCAUCUUGUAUUAAUUUUUGGAAUAGAAGUUUCGAGUGAAACAUGAAAUGACUGUGGGAGUUGAAUUCGGUGCCAAGAUUUUAAACCUAGAGAACAAAUAAAUCAAAUUAUAAAUUUGGGACACUGCUGGAUAAGAAACCUUUAAAUCUAUCACCAGAUAAUAUUAUAGAUCAGCUGCAGGUGGAAUUCUAGUAUAUGACAUCACAAGAAGAGAGUCAUUCGAAAACGUUAGAGAAUGGAUAAAAGAAUGUCGAACACAUGGCACAUAGGAAAUGGUGAUAGUGUUAGUUGGAAAUAAAGUUGAUUUAGAAAAAUAGUAAAAUAUUCAUAAUAUAAAUGGCGUAAAGUUUCGAAAUCUGAAGGACAAUAGUUAGCCUACGAAAACAAUUUGCUUUUUAUUGAAACAAGUGCGAAGGAUAAUUUGAACAUCAUAGAAGUAAUUUUUAAACUAACUUAAUAGACAUUCUCAUAGGCAGCCUCGCAAGUAUUAAAAGUAGUACAGAAAAGUCAGCAAAAGAAUGAACUCCCAGGAGUCCGAGUUGGAUAUGCAAUUGACUAGACGAAAGGUUAAUAAAGUAGUUAAAGUUCAAAUAAAUGCUGCUGAUAUUAUAAUUAAUUUAUAUAUAUCGUUAUUACAC